AACACAGCAGAGAAUGAUACAACACUGUACACACAGAAAGAGUUAAUAUACUGUACUGUACUGUACUUUUGAGCUUUUCAGAUUAGGUUCAAAUAGUAUUUAUUGACACUUCUUGUUCUUCUGGUAUUUUCACUUUUUAGAGGACAAAACUGUAAGCCUUCAUACCUACAUGUCUAUUGGCUAUUGUUGUAUACAAAAAUGAAAAUCCUUAAUUCCCUCACACUCUGUGGUAUGUUUUGUUAUAUUCUGGUUUUUCAUCUCUAUGGAUUAGUCUAACAUGCCAUCGGCCCGAGCCUCACAUGUCCUUCUCAUUUGUACUCUUCAGAAGAGGUCCUUGAAUACAGUAGUAUACUGUACCAUCAGGCUGGCAGACUGAAUGUGUAGAUCUUCUACUAUUGAGUUGGUGAAGCUAAUAUAAGUGGACAGGCACCUUUAACUCCAGACCACAGACCAGCAAUUAAUUCCAUUCCCAGCCAAGACAACAGGGAGGCAGUCCUCCUGUGUGCUGUUUGUUUUUAGUGUUGGACUCAAUGUAGCUUAAGGCUCCAACUGCCAGUGGGUAUGUAUGCAGAUGCUUGAGUAAACACCUGUCUGUGGCCACUGCCUCCGUCUAAACUCAUAGAUGCUAGAUUCUGUCAACAAUGGAGUAGUUACUGGUUUAGCCAGUAGACUACAUGUAUUUGUGAUUCCUGGGAAAUUAUGUUGUGGCCAUAAAGAUCAUCAAGGACAACAACCACCCGAGCCACUGCCUGUUCACCCCGCUAUCAUCCAGAAGGCGAGGUCAGUACAGGUGCAUCAAAGCUGGGACAGAGAGACUGAAAAACAGCUUCUAUCUCAAGGCCAUCAGACUGUUAAACAGCCACCACUAACAUUGAUUGGCUGCUGCCAACACACUGACUCAACUCCAGCCACUUUAAUAAUGGGAAUUGAUGGGAAAUGAUGUAAAAAUAUAUCACUAGCCACUUUAAACAAUGCUACCUAAUAUAAUGUUUACAUACCCUACAUUAUUCAUCUCAUAUGUAUAUACUGUACUCUAUAUCAUCUACUGCAUCUUUAUGUAAUACAUGUAUCACUAGCCACUUUAACUAUGCCAUUUUGUUUUACAUACUCAUCUCAUAUGUAUAUACUGCACUCAAUACCAUCUACUGUAUCUUGCCUAUGCCGCUCUGUACCAUCACUCACUCAUAUAUCUUUAUGUACAUAUUCUUAUCCCCUUACACUUGUGUCUAUAAGGUAGUAGUUUUGGAAUUGUUAGCUAGAUUACUUGUUGGUUAUUACUGCAUUGUCGGAACUAGAAGCACAAGCAUUUCGCUACACUCGCAUUAACAUCUGCUAACCAUGUGUAUGUGACAAAUAACAUUUGAUUUGAUUUUGAUUUGUAUUGAUUGAGUGUACAGAUGUAGGAUAUGAAUAUGAGCCAGUUUGUUACAGCAGGAAAACAAUCCCACAGAAGCAGGAAAUGUGAAUUAGUAUGUGGAUUAUAUAUAUGUGGAUUAUAAUGAAUGCACAUUUUUGUAGGGGUUGAUACAUUUUUUGUAAAGGAAAAUCCAUUUCAAAGUGGAAAUUGCAAACUUCGGAAGCCAUUUUAAACAUCAAAUACACUACACGUUUUACAUUUCAUGCAUUGCUGGAAAGUUCUCCUGCGAAAGGGUGAUCUACAGCAAGGCCUUUGAUCUCACACCAUUGCAAUGAAACACCUUUAGAAACUAUGUGUCCGACCAGAGAUCAUGCCAUGGAUUUGUAACUUCCAUUCCAGGUGUAGCCAGGGGAUAAGAUACCAUGAGACUCUAUCCCAGGCCCAAGAUCAAUCCUGUGGCGUCCCCCAGGGCACACAGUUCGGUCCAAUUGUAUUUUUGGCUCACGUCAAUGGUGCAUCAGAGGGUACCCUAUCCAACUCCUGGGCCUUUGUCAUUGACCUAAACCUCAUCGAAUCAAGACCAAUAUGUGACACUUCUACCAUACAGCAGGACCUCAACCAACUAGCCGACUGGUCAGAACAAAACAAGAUGAAGCUCAAACCGACAAAGUACAAAGUCAUGUACACCUGUUUCAACCACAAUCAUGACCCACCUCAGCCAUUAUCCAUCUCCGGACACACAUUUGAGGUGGUGUCCUGCGCCAAAGCGCUCAUUGUGACAUUCCAAGGCAACCUAAAAUGGGACACACAUCUCAGACAUUACUAGGGCUGUUGCGGUGACCGUAUUACCGCCACACCGGCGGUCACGAGUCAUGAAGACAGUCAAUUUCCACGUGACUUUUUAGUCAUGGUAAUUAGGCUUCUCCAAAAUCUGAUGCUGCUGAUGUUCAUUAGUAACCUAGCAAACUUGCUAACUGCCUGGUACUCAGCACUCUAAUGUCCCUCUAAUCGCUCUGACAUCAAUGCAAAUGUAUUUGAAAAUCUAAUCAAACACUUAAUGAGAGCCCAUGCUUUGUGUACACUAGGCCCACUAUAUUUUUUUCUCAACUUUCCUAAUAUUAACCACAUUGUUUAUCUUUACAACAGUAUUAUAGCCUACCUGGCUUGCAUGAAAAUAAACCACAAGGAAAAGUGUCCUCCAUUUGCUAUUUAAGUGCAUAGAUUACAUGUAUUUUAUCCCACUGCCCUUUUUGAGACAAGUGCAUGAUAAUGGUCCAUUCUAAAUCAAAACAGAUUUCCCACAUAUAUUAUUUAGUAUAUGUGAAGACAAGAUUAAAUCAAGAAUAGUCUGAUGGGUGACAAUAUUAGCCUAUCACUUGUGAAUUAUACAUUAUCACUUGUGAAUGAUGCCCAGCAUAAGAAACUACCUUUUUUUGCAACUGCUUCUAAUCAUAGUUUCACACCUCAUGUAGCCUAGCCCAUAGGCCUAUAUGUUUUGAUAAGGUCUGUAUCACAACUAGAGUGGCCAAUAACUUCUUACAAUUAAGCACAUUAAUCCACUUUACAAGGGGUUUAGAGCCUGACUGGCAUACAUAAGCAGCGCAUAUGUUUCAAGAUUGGGGAAGACAAUUUUCACAAUAAAAAUGCACCUUACAUGCAUAAUCAAAUCAAAUCAAAAUUAAAUGUAUUUAUAUAGCCCUUCGUACAUCAGCUGAUAUCUCAAAGUGCUGUACAGAAACCCAGCCUAAAACCCCAAACAGCAAGCAAUGCAGGUGUUGAAGCACGUUGGCUAGGAAACACUCCCUAGAAAGGCCAAAACCUAGGAAGAAACCUAGAGAGGAACCAGGCUAUGAGGGGUGGCCAGUCCUCUUCUGGCUGUGCCAGGUGGAGAUUAUAACAGAACAUGGCCAAGAUGUUUAAACAAGAUGUUUUAGCUAUUAUACUCUAAUUCCAAUGUGCAUUCCAUUGAUCAAUCCUCCAGAAAGUGGAGAGCAACACCUUUGCAGUUCUACUAUGUGAUAUAUUUAAACAAAAAGCUGCAGUAGAAAGAAUUACCUACACAUACUGACCAGCUCAUGUUAUAGACAGAAGCGUACUACAUGGCAGGCCAAUCCAAACUCAUUUCGCGCCAUGUCCAGCCCAUUCAUUAUCUCAGCCAAUCAUGGCUAGAGGGAAGGUUAGGCUUGUAAUUUAACAAUUUUAUUCAUAUUUACAGAUGGCAUACAAGUAUGUUAAUAAGGCACAUGAAAGUUCACAUGUCCCAGAAAGCUUUUCUUCCCAAAAAAAUGCAUUUUGAUUAAAAAAACUAAAAAAACAUUCAAAUGCCAUUCUUGUGAAGUAGUGACGUGCAACAUAUGCCUAGUUUCCUGAAACAAGUCACAUAUUGUCUGCUGGAAGGCUGACCUAGUCAGCCAUAAGAUCCUCCAUUUCAAACAGCUUGCCUUUAUGGAUUCUUCAUUCAGCUGAUGGUGGAACACACACAAAAACAUGCGCACACACAAACUCACAUGUAUUCGUGCAUGCAUUCACGCGCACACACACACACACACACACACACACACACACACACACACACACACACACACACACACACACACACACACACACACACACACACACACACACACACACACACACACACACACACACACACACACACACACACACACACCACCCUCCUAAUAGCCUCAGGAUGAGCGUUGGAUGACUGUGUCAGCACCACCAUACUGCUCAUGUCAGUCUCUUCACCAUUGGGAACGCUGUGAGCUAUGAUCACUGCUGCCAUUAGAUGGAUGGAGGGUGCGUGGAUCUCAUUACACACAAGUCUCUCCCUCUUUCUUUCACUGUCCCUCUUCCUAUUUUCUUGGUCUUAUCUUCUGAAUUAAUGCUGAUCAGAUGGUUUCUCUGUCUCCAAGCUACUCCCUGGCCAAGCCUAUGGGCCUGUGCAGAAGUGUGAGCAUGUGUUUGUGUUGUGUGUGUGUUUGUGUGUAUAUCUCAGUGUGUGUUUGUGUUUGUCCAGUGGUACUCUUUCCCCUUCACGGACAAGGCCAACAGGACAAUUAGCCUUUCACCUGAUGUGCAGCGCCAGCACAACCGGAUCCUUUUAUCCCAAGGGGCAGGCAACGAGUCGUCCCACUGAAAGAGAGAGAGGGACAGAGAAAGAGAAAGAGAAAAAGAAAAUGAAAGGUUAAAGAGAGGUUGCUAUGCCAACAGAGCUCGGCUCUGAGUCACAGGUGAAGAAGGCAGCCGAAGAGUCCUCCUGGCAGAAGGGGGCAGCAACAGGCAUGCAGGACUCGGCUUUAGACGCAAACAUGGCCAAACAGGACCAGGACUCCAAACUGAUCGACGACCACAGGGAAAUAGACAACGUGUCAGAAAAGACCACCCCAAGCAAGACCCCCAAGUCCCCCCAGAAGACUUCCAAACAGCCAAAGACUGUUCCCUUCAAGGUCACCCUACUGGACACCUCUGACUAUGAGGCAGGAAUUGAGAAGCACUGCAAAGGACAGGCCUUGCUGGACAUGGUGUGUGAGCACCUCAACCUGCUGGAGAAGGACUACUUUGGCCUGAUGUACAGCGAUGCAGAAAGCCAAAAGAAUUGGUUGGACCCCUCCAAGGAGAUCAAGAAGCAGAUGCGCACUGCUCCCUGGCACUUUGCUUUCUCUGUCAAGUUCUACCCUCCAGACCCCUCCCAGUUGACAGAGGACAUCACCAGGUACUACCUGUGUCUUCAGCUGAGAGAUGACAUGUUGUCAGGCCGUCUGCCCUGCUCCUUCGUGACCCACGCCCUGCUGGGUUCCUACGCCGUGCAGGCUGAGCUGGGAGACUAUGACACCGAUGACCACGGUCCCGACUACGUCAGCGACUUCCGCUUCGCACCCAAUCAGACGCGAGAGCUGGAGGAGAGGGUCAUGGAGCUCCAUCGUAACUACAGGGGUAUGACGCCAGCUGACGCAGAAAUCAACUUCCUAGAAAAUGCUAAGAAGCUAUCCAUGUAUGGGGUGGAUCUCCAUCAUGCCAAGGAUUCAGAAGGGAUUGACAUCAUGCUGGGCGUAUGUGCCAACGGCCUCCUGAUAUACCGCGACCGCCUGAGGAUCAACCGCUUCGCCUGGCCAAAGAUUCUCAAGAUAUCCUACAAGAGGAGUAACUUCUAUAUCAAGAUCCGGCCCGGAGAGUACGAGCAGUUUGAGAGCACUAUUGGCUUCAAGCUUCCAAACCACCGGGCGGCUAAGAGACUGUGGAAGGUCUGCAUCGAGCACCACACCUUCUUCAGGUUAGUGUCUCCAGAGCCUCCUCCUAAGGGCUUCUUGGUGAUGGGCUCUAAGUUUCGAUACAGUGGGCGAACCCAGGCCCAGACACGGCAGGCCAGCGCUCUCAUAGACCGGCCAGCGCCACACUUUGAACGCUCCACCAGCAAGAGGUACCUGCUGUCCCGCAGUCUGGACGGAGCAGAGUUCUCCCGGCCAGUGUCGGCCAUGUGUGAAAACCAGGAUGGUCUGUCCCAGCACAGUGGCAGUGAACACCCCCACCUCCACAGCCCCUCUGGGGACGAACAGGAGACAGAACUGGAACCACCCAGUUUGGAGCAGGACCAAGAGGAGGAUCAGGAUGAGGAACAGGAUCUAGAGGAAUACCACGACCAAGAGGAGGAUGAGGAUGGUGUCCCCACCCCCAGCAAGAAGAAGGAGAUCAAGGAGGAUGCUGGGUCCCCACUUGACAAUAUACAGGAGUUGGACCAGGAGACAACCCUUCGACACAAGGAGUUUUUGGAUAAGUCAGAGGAUGUCUUACUGAAGCACCAGGCCAGUAUCAAUGAGCUGAAGAGAGCCCUGAGGGAGCCCAACAGCAAGCUGAUGAACCGUGAGAAGCGUCUGUCAGGGACGUCACCUGGCGGAACACCCGAGAAGAAGGCUGUGGUGGGCAAGGAACUAGUAAACAGCUUCUCUGUAGAGGGCUUCGUCCAGAAGACUGUGGUGACUUCCCCAGAGGGCUCUGAGGAGUGGGUAUUGAUUGAGAAACAAAAUACUCACCAACACGACUAUAACUGGAAGGCAGAAGAACAGAACGAAGCUUCCACCUCGCCUCCCCCAUUAUUCCCUGAUUCCUCUUGGGAAAGAAAGAAAGAAUUGGAAAAAGACAUAGAAGUGGCCAAGAUGAUUCAUAUUGAGGUUACAGGGGAGGAUGGGCAAGAAAUGAUAACAGAUGUUGAUAACUUUCCAUUGUCCAAAGCCACAAGGGAAGCCCAGGAUGAAUGUUCUGAACCACGGUUGACUAGCAACAGCCGGUUCGUGGUGGAAUUAGCUGAAACCACAGAAUCUUCUGAAGAGGAUUCACAGUGGAAAGUACCUCCAGCAGAACACUCUGGUGCAAAGAAUGACAUAUUCCCAGUGUCAGACCCAGUCUCAACCCAAGCCCCAGCCCCAGUCCCAUUCCGAGACUCUAAGAAGGAUCAUCAACCCAACAGACACAGAAAAAAGAAGAGACCUAAUAGUUUAAACCUGGGAUUGUCAACAGAAUUCAUCUAUGAGAAAGAGGGCGAUGUUUCAAACGCUGAAGAAGACAAUGGGGGAUCAGACUGGGAGGAUAGUCCAACAGAGAAGACAAAGGUGGGACAAAUAGAUCACCCUGUGUCCAGAGAGGAGCCAGACGACCAGUGUUGGGUGACGAGUCCACUGAUGAAAGAUGAUGAGAGAUCACCAGAGGCAAAAUGGAAGGAGACAGUGGUGUCUGCAUAUGAAGAUAAGAAGAAGGAGCACAAUACAUCAAUAGGAGAAGACAAGGCAACUCAGGGAAGUGUUGUGGAUGAUCCUGCAGUGUGUGAUGGAAGAGACCAGGUUAAGCACUUCAUCACUGAGGUCCAGCCAGCAGAUGAAGGGCUGGGCUCUGUCAAUGGUCCUGGGAAAACAGAAUGUGAUAGUUUAGCAGAACAGGUUAGAGAACCGGUUAAAGGGUUUCAUCUCACAGAGAGGUGCAUGACUGACAAUAGAGAACACAUAGAAGAGGUCAAGUUGAGGGAGGUCAAGACACACAAGAGACAAGCCAGUAACUCUGGGGGGGAGGAAGUGGAAGGCCUCACAUCAGAGGUCAGGGGUCAGAGAAGGUCUUUACAGACACUAUCAGGCAGCAGUCAGUCAGAAAUCACCAGGAUCGUUCCGCUCAAACCUGAAAGAUCAAAGAGCUUAGCAUGCAAAGAUGAGCAGGACAGAGAGAGUCAGGAGUCAGAGUCUGAGCUGAGUAGUGUUUUUAGAAGAGAGUACAGAUGGUCAGGGGGUUCAUCAGAGGGACAUUCAGACAUCAACUGGAACAACGAGUCCACCUUCUAUCAAACACCCACCCUGCCUACGUCAUUCAUCUCAACCGACGUUAGUCCAGCAAGACGGACCCACUCCCCGACUACCACACAUAGAGACACCCCACAGGAACAGGGCAGCUUCUGGGGUCUGGAAGGCUUGGCAAGAGUUGAGGCUAAAACUGAAGAGCUGUUUCAGCAACAGAGCAGAGCUGACCGUGAUGAUCACUUUCAGACGUCAUUCGUCUCAACCAAUGCUAGUCCAGCAAGACGGACCCACUCCCCGACUACCACACACAGAGACGCCCCACAGGAACAGGGCAGCUUCUGGGGUCUGGAAGGCUUGGCAAGAGUCGAGGCUAAAACUGAAGAGCUGGUUCAUCAACAGAGCAGUGCUGCCUGUGAUGAUCCCUUUCAGGCUGCUAGAGAAGCCAUAGAGAGUCAUCAGUUUCUCAGCUUCAAGGUUUCAGCCUCAGCGCUCCCCAGGACAGUUCCUCCUGCCCCUCCAGUUAAAACACAGAAGGCCAGAGAGUCUGGACUCAUACUCCGGAACAUCAACCGCAAUAUUAGCAGGGAGCCUGGCCUGGACGCAACCAAGAAGAGACACUCGGAGCCACUCUCCACUCCUGUCAUCUAUGAAGAUACAGUAGAUGAUGCCAAGAGGGAACCCUGGGAGAGGAGGCCUCGGCCGGGCUCCGCCUCGGAGGACCACGAACGUGACACUGUGGUCUGCAUGAAAGAGACCCACCUGGGCAUCGAGAGGAAGUGCUCCAGCAUGACGGUCAGCUCCACGUCCAGCCUGGAGGCUGAGGUGGACUUCACCGUCAUCAUGGACCUCCAUACGGGCGUGGAGGAGUUCUCCAAGAGCAUGUCUAAGCUGGGGGAGCGGCUGCCCGAGGUGGGCCAGGACGACUUUGAGGAGACCUCCAGGUUCUAUUCAGCCCGUCUCAUGGUCUCCCAUGACAUGUCCCCUGUAGAGGAGAUGCCUCCUGUGCACAAUGAGCCCCCAGUAGCCAGGAAAGACCCCAGUGCUGUUAGCGCUGCCCAGAUGCUGAGGGAGGCCGACGCCAAGAUGGAGACACACACCAAUGGGUCAGAGGUCACCAGCACCAACAUCAUGGACAUGUCAGAGCAGCAAAUGGAGACUGACAUCAACUGUAAUGACACUAAGGUCUCCAGCAGCACUGACGUGGCUCAACCACCAGAGGGAGUCCUGAACCAGAACCAGGGAGUUGGCAGUAGGAAGGAGGCUCCUCUCCCUAUUAAAGAAAAUUGCUCCCCUGUGAAGGCAGGCACCCUGGGGAGAGAGGCUGUAGAGUCCCCCCUGAAUGUCACCACUGACAACAUCACAACUCAAGUUACCAAGACAGUGAAAGGUGGCUACUCCGAGACCAGGAUUGAAAAAAGGAUCAUCAUCACAGGAGAUGAUGACGUGGACCAACAUCAGGCCCUUGCGAUGGCGAUACAGGAGGCCAAGCAGCAACACCCUGACAUGCUGGUGACAAAAGCAGUGGUUGUCAGGGAAACAGAGUCUCCCACUGAGGAGCAACAUAGGACAUCUGAGUCCUGAUCGCUCAUAGUGGUUCCUGGGAGUGGGGACAGGAAAUUACUUGAUCCUCCCGUCAUCUCCAUGACCCCCCCCACGCCAACGCCGCAAGAGGGCUACAGCAACCUGCCCACAAUGUAUACUACAAUACAACAGACCGACCGCGCUCCCAGAAACAAUCCCUGUCUCCUCUACAACACAAUAUGCCUCCUCUCCUGUCCCUUUAACCAAAACCGACUGUGACGCCGCCUCUGACCCACGCUCAACCCCCCCCCCCCAACCCCUCUUCCUCUGGGAAAUUCCCUUUUCCCUGGGAUUUUUAGAACAUGACCGUUCUCACAAAUCUGAGAAAUAGACUGCAGUGUUUAUAUCUCCCCAAGAGGUCUGACAGGAAUUGGGCUAAUAUGUGUUGCCCCAUGUUUAGCCAUGGGAUCUGUGAGAGAUCAAUAUGGUGGUUCUGGUGUUCUACACCCCCAGACAGACUGUACAUGUACGAACAUAAUGACAUGUUAACGAUUCAUCACCCUUGAUCAAUGUAGUUCAAUUAAAUGAUUAGUGAUGAGGAAGUAAUCCAUCUUGAGUUAAAUCAGAUCAACCUUCCCCCAGAACACAUUGACUUACCUGUGACUACUGGUCAUUUAUUCGCCAGGAAGUCAAUAAUAGUCCAACCUUCAAAAUUGCUCUCAGAAAUGGUCACCAUGGCGAUGCCUGCUCAGUGCUGACAUCAUGCAUGUAGCAUGGGGAUCGGGAAUGGAGUGUGAGGAGAGGGGGUUGGGGGAGGGCUGCUCUGCAGGGGCCUGUGGGAUGGCUAGCCUUUAAUGCUUGUUGUCACCAGUGUGACACAUAUAUAAAACAGCUGUCUUACUAGCUUUUUAAACAUUUGUAACAAUAGAAGAAUCCAAUUUAAAGUCCAGUGUUUGCUUGUUUAAGAAAUAAAUCAAAUAAAUGUAUCGAUUAGCUUCUCAUACUCACAUGCAUGGUUCUACAUAGUUGAGGUAAUGAACGAUGCGAUACCGACCUGUCUAGGAACAGACGUCCACAGGAAGUGGUCAUGAUGGCAGAACAUUCAGACAAAUCUAUAUCUGAAAGAUUCUGUGGAAUAUACUUCUGCAAUGUCUAGACACUGCAUGUCAACCAAAGCUGAUGGGACUAUACUGAUAGGAGAGUCAACUGAAGGAAUACGUGGACAGACACUUCUACAACAUCAAGAGACUAUGAGUUGGGACUCCGCUUAGCAUUCAGGGUAUACUACUUAUAUAGGCUCUGACUGUCGUUCUCUGGCUAACAACAAACAGAAUCCCCCCCACUCUCCUCAUCAUGUUCUCCUUCCUUCGUCCUGCUGUUAUAAAUUCAGUCUAAAACGCUGGUAAUGUAGGGCAAAAGUCAAAUCACACCCUAUUCACCAUGUAGUGCACUACUUUAGACAAAAUUAGUACACUCUACUGGGAAAAGGUUGUCAUUUGAGACAAAGCCAUAGUAGGACUCUUGAAGCAAAAUGAGCGCUUUUCAUUUAAAGUUUCUAAUUAUUUUAUGAAAUGUGAGGAUAUGUUUAAAAAAAGCUCUUACUUAUUUAUAAGAAUGGUGGUGAAUGUGUUUUUUUUCCUUCCCUAAAAAGUAUGUGUGUACCCUCACAGACAAAGUUUGGAUUCUUAAAGUGACAAGUUUAAGCCCAAACUCCAUCCUCUUGGAUAGUUAGACAGGAGAUGAACCAGAACAGUUGGAAUCUCUUUUAUGUUCCAGAACAGCAAGCAAUGCCUCCAUAACCCUGCCUGGCUUAACCUUGUAUACACAUAGAAAAAAGGGUUAUUUGGCUGUCCCCAUAGGAACACCCUUUUUGGUUCCAGGUUCCAUCCUUUUUGGUUCCUCUUUUGAAAGGGUUCUACAUGGAACCAAAAGUGUUCUUACCUGAAACCAAAAAGGGUUCUUCAAAGGGUUCUUUUAUGGGGACAGCCGAAAAAACACUUUUAGGUCCUAGAUGGCAUCUUUUUUUCUAAGCGUGUACAUGUUCAUAAAUACUCUCUGCAUAAUAUCCUCUUAAGCUAUGCUGAACUGCUGAAUAUACACCAACCAGUCAGUCCGUUCAGUUUGAGAAAAAAAAAAACAAUGCUGGAACAAACUGUUGAAUUGACAUACUAUGCAUUGUUCCCUGUGUGGACUAACUAUGAAACAUAACUGAGGAUAACCAGAUUCAUUUUUGGAGCGUCGAUCUGCGCUUAUCAUCUCCGAUGUGAUAUUAAUUAAUUACAGCGGUCAAUUUUUAACUGCUUGUGAGACUUGCAAUAAUUGUCUCUCUGUAGCCACCUGAUGCUAUUGUAAUCCAUUAUCAGUCUACUUAAAGGAGAAAACUGUGAACUGUCUGCAUAUGAAAAGUAUUACCAAAAUGUUCCAAGAUGGAGUUGAAACUAGAAGUUGAGCUCAUCCACACGGAGUCUCCGUGGCUUUGUCACCGUGCUUGUCAAAACGACUCCACUCUCACUACACCCUGAAGUAACAGAGGGGAUCCCUUGGACGUUGUCUUACCUGCUGUAGAGUUGUCUUUGUGAAACAGACAGUCUCAACACGUCUUUUGUAUAUUUUAUUUCAUUUUAUCUGGUCAAAUGACACUGGAUUGUUGUUUAGGCACUUGCUUGUGGUGAUAGGCAGCGACGAUAUUGUUAGAAGUGUGUGGUGUCGCUAUAUUGGACACACACCUCUCAAAAUGCUAUAUAGACAAUAAGAAAGAAGUUGCCCUUGUAAAGCUGAUGUGCUGUUUUUUAAGGGUGGGAGUCAUAUUGUAUGCAAAUGAACAUAAAUACUUCUAUGUGUGCAUAUAAUUACAAAUAUACCGGAAGAGUGGGAUGAAGUUGUGCUGAUUUCAUAAUAGAGGAUUAACAAAUGUUCUAUGUUAAGACUGCAGACCACUUGUGCGGUCUUAUACAGUGCAAUGGUUAUACUGAUGAUGGGUGCCUUACUGUUGGAUUCACCGCCACUGGAAACCAUGUAAUUGAUUAUUUUGUCUACAUGUGAUCUACUGACAUUUCAGCCAUCCACUCUCCAUGUGGUGAGGUCUCGCCUCUUCCGGAGCCCUGGAUGACAUCACCUUUACUGUCAAAGGUGUGGGCCGUUUGCAGUCUCUUUACCUGCUCAUUAAUGUCCCAUAUAAGGAUUGGGCAAUACUUAUGAUAAGCUAUGCUACUCGUUCAGUGGUAGGAAUAAUAAGAAUUGGAACUAAAAUCCAUUGAAGAGCAGAAAGAUUACAAACACAAGGCCUAAUAGGACAGAACAACUAUGAGUGGCUGAUUCCAUAGACUCUCGUGAAGCACUAUCCGUUCCACUCUUCCUCUUCCAUCCUUCAAUUCACCUCAACCUUUUGCUCUUCAUUCCCAAGUGUGUGGUGGUGUGUGUUUGCUGUAUUUGCAUUCAAUUUAAAUGGAAAACAUACAUAAAUAAAUGUCUCAUUGCGAUUCA